UGUUGUGCUCACCUCCCCCUGUGCUCCUCCUCAGUGUUGUGCUCACCUCCCCCUGUGCUCCUCCUCAGUGUUGUGCUCACCUCCUCCUGUGCUCCUCCUCAGUGUUGUGCUCACCUCCUCCUCAGUGUUGUGCUCACCUCCUCCUCAGUGUUGUGCUCACCUCCUCCUGUGCUCCUCCUCAGUGUUGUGCUCACCUCCCCCUGUGCUCCUCCUCAGUGUUGUGCUCACCUCCCCCUGUGCUCCUCCUCAGUGUUGUGCUCACCUCCCCCUGUGCUCCCCCUCAGUGUUGUGCUCACCUCCUCCUGUGCUCCUCCUCAGUGUUGUGCUCACCUCCCCCUGUGCUCCUCCUCAGUGUUGUGCUCACCUCCUCCUGUGCUCCUCCUCAGUGUUGUGCUCACCUCCCCCUGUGCUCCUCCUCAGUGUUGUGCUCACCUCCCCCUGUGCUCCUCCUCAGUGUUGUGCUCACCUCCCCCUGUGCUCCUCCUCAGUGUUGUGCUCACCUCCCCCUGUGCUCCUCCUCAGUGUUGUGCUCACCUCCCCCUGUGCUCCUCCUCAGUGUUUUGCAGGGGGGGGGCAGAGGGCCUUCCCGUGCUCAGUUCAGGGUCCGGGUUACCUUCCCAGUAAAACUCCGUACGAACACUACCACGCUGCGCUGGACCAGAUGAGAGGAGCGUCUCCGGCACCAGGCAGCCCGGCACCAGGCAGCCCGGCACCAGGCAGCCCGGCACCAGGCAGCCCGGCACGGGUCCCGGCGGCUGCAGGCCCGGUUCUGCCCAGCAGCCCGUCCCGGGUCCUGAACCCGGAUGCCAUCAAGAGGGAACUGCAGCGUCUGCAGCACGGCUCUAAAGCUGCUCACAUCAGCCGGUCCCGGGGUCACAUGGCUGCAGGACGGGCCUAUCAGGUGGAAGAGUUUCUGCAGAGGAAGAGAGAAGCCAUGCUCAACAAGGUGCGAGCCGAGGGACAGCUGGGAACGCGGCAAAACCUGGCAGCGACGUACGGGAGCCGGGGGGGCUCGAUCCGCUUCAGGAGGCCCAGAGCCAACCGGGAGGAGGAG